AUGGAGGAAGCUCCUAUGUCUCACUCCUUCCAGAAUGUGCAGGCACACACAAGUUAUACUCCCCUGGAUGCGUCGCAUCUGAAUGGAAAACCGUCGCCACAACAACGCUCAUACCCUUUGGAAGCCGUCUCAGCUCCGGAAACUUGUCUGGAAGAACUUCUAUUUCCGUAUUUUCCCAUCAACAUGCUUGACUUAACGAACGGUUCAAAAAGUCAACUUUCGCAAUCGAUGUCCGAUACGCUUCCUGAAACGUAUGCGUGGGGAUUCGACCAGAAUGAAUUUUACAGUGAUUUCGGGAUCUUUGAUCACGACAUUCAGGAGGUCGCCGAUACUAUCAUCCCGUCGCCAGCCCAGUUCAAGUCCACUUUCUCUGAGAAUUGCGACCAAUUUGACUUGAUCAACCCGUUUCCUGCCCUCCAAGAUCUUGAGCAUCUUGCAGGCUUCAAAGAGUUCCACGCCGCGCGCAAGCCAUAUGGGCCGAAUUCACCGGCAUCAUUUCCCGACAGCGAAGUCCUUCACCCCCAGUACGAUAUAUCAGGCUCAGCCGGGUUUCGGCCAUCUUUCAAAAGCUCAACCCCACGGCCUGGAAGUGCAAUGUAUUCGUCCUUCACCGCAGAUAAUUCGAUGGCGUCCAGCCCAUUAGGAGAUUCGCAGCCGCUUCUUCAACCGCGUUCUGUUCCGGAUAUUGGGCUUGGGCUCUUCGAAGAUGAUUCAGAUACGGAUAGCAUUACAUCAGACGAGCCGUAUGCAAGAUUGAUUUGGAAAGCACUAAUGUCCGCUCCCGGUCAUAAGAUGGUUCUCAAAGAGAUCUACGAAUGGUUCGAGAAGCACACCAACAAGGCGAAGAACCCCGAUUCGAAAGGAUGGCAAAACAGCAUUCGUCAUAACCUUUCCAUGAACGCCGCAUUCGAAGCAGUCCGUGAAGCCUCUUCGCCUGGAGGAUCGCCAAAGAGAUCUGGAAACGUUUGGGUUCUCACCAAACAUGCUGUCAAACACGGCGUACAGUCAACGACUAGGUACAGGAAGAUGCCAGGUAUUCACAAGAAGACCACAAAGUCUGAGCACCCGGCGCCGCAACGGCAACGAUCAGGAGCGAAAGGCGGACGUGCAGCCAGGAAGGCAGCGAGGUUCAGACGAGCCCUCCAAGAGGCCCAGAAAGCGGGUGAAAAUCAUUGCUAUCCUGAAAAUCUGAACGACAUUACAACCCAGGCAUCUUACACGACAAAGGAGCGCCCGCUGUCUCCACCGAAUCCUGAGAUGAAUUUUGCUGUCGAGGGUUAUGAUCUCAGCUACCUUUCAGGCUGUACUGAUUUCCCACCUGAAUCUCCAAUCUUCUAUCAUACCAUCGGUACUGGAGAGCAGGCGCUGAUCCCCGAUUAUUCUAUCCUGGAUGGCCAGGCGAUUAGCCCAGAUUUCAAUCCAUUCAUGUAA